GCUCCUCCUCCAAGCCUUGAGGAUCCUCUGCAAUUGCCCAACUCUUAAACAAUUCAUAGAAUCUGAUCUCGCUAGAUCCGUUCACUGUCAACGCAAUGGGCGGGCCUUGUUUUACAUGCGGAGCGGUCUUGGGGCUGGGGGUCUUAGCCUUCGUGGCUCUGCUGGUCGCACCGACUGAGUCUCUUGAUUGUACUUCACAAAAGUUUACAAACAAGCAGGUGUACGCCAACUGCACCGAUCUCCCGCAUCUGAGCGCUAACUUGCACUGGAGCUACAACGCCUCAAAUUCCUCGUUGUCGGUGGUGUUCGUGGCCCCCCCGCCCAAGCCAGGUGGCUGGGUGUCGUGGGCCAUCAACCCCAAUGCGACCGGCAUGGCCGGGUCGCAGGCCCUGCUGGCAUUCAAAUCCAACGGCUCCGUCACCAUCCAGACCUACGACAUCCGUGCCUACAAUUUCAGCCUGUCUGGACUGAAGCUGGCUUACGAGGUGUGGGACCUGAGUGCCGAGGACUCCAACGGGACCUUCAAGAUCUUUGGCAAAUGGAAGCUGCCGGCAGGCACGGAGAAGGUGAAUCAGGUCUGGCAGGCGGGUCCGGGAUUGAGCCCACAAGGCUAUCCGAUGAUGCACGCAUUACAGCCCGAGAAUCUUCAAGCCAAAGCGAACCUGCAGUUGGUCGGUCAAGAGGCUGUCAGCCCUACUGGGUCUGCCGCCUCUGAACCUUCUGCCUCUACUACUCCUGCACCCUCUGGCUCUACUCCUAGCGGGGCUUCAACGCUUAGAGGGGGAUUCAGUGUGGGUCUAUUUCUCAUUCUUGCGAUUUUUAUGAUGCCCUCCGCCUAAACAAAUAUUGGGUAGUUCACCAUAUUUUCAAUCAGGUGGGCUUCAUAAGAACUUUCACUUAUAUUUGCUGCUCGAAUUGUUAGACAGCAAAUUGUAGAGGAUCCGAAUAUAAAAAUAUCUUAUUCCAAAGUA